GUUUGAGCGCGUGCAUCAGUGAGCUCUGUGCGCUCGCGCUUCAUCUCCUCCACACGCGAAGAUCGCCGGAACAACGCAGAUACACGUGAGGAGGAAAAAUCACAGGCAUUUAUUCAUCUCCAAAAAGAAACCGACUGGACUGCGGAUUUAAACUGAUGUCUGACCAACAUUUGGGAAUAUUUUGCUACAAACCGCACGCGCAUCACUGACCGGUGGUAAAUGAAAGAAAAGUGCCCAGGCUUGUAGAUUCACGUGACGGACGAGUACAUGCACGGGGAACUCUUUAUAAACGAAAAAAAGAAGCAUGAUGGAGUAAAUACAAAGCCUUCUAAGUGUAUAAGUCUUUAUGAUGGAUAAGUUGAUGGAGAGGAAGAGAAAAGAAGAGAUGCUCCGCAGAUGCACGCGCGUGGUGAAGACAGCGUCAUGACUUCCUUUGAGCUUAAACCUAAACCCAUCAUCAUGCCGUGGAAGCGCGUGAAAAGCGUGAUGAAGAAGAGCGUGCUGCCACUGCCAUGAAGUCUGGGUGAAAAGGAGUGUGUGAUUGAUGCCAUCCUGCAUGAUGCCUAGACUCGGGAGUGAAGAGUGUAAAGUUGCUUUUUAACGAGCAGUGUGACGUCAUCCCGGGUGAUGCCACUGUGCAGUGAAAAGUUGCAUGCCAUUCUGUAAUGCACAGCGUGACGCCAUUGUGAGAGGUCUGCAUUUUACAGUGAAGAGUUUGAUGCCGUUCUGUGACACGCAAUCCAACAACAUGCAGGAUGCCAGCUACGAUGCGUGAUGAGAUCACUGAGCACUGUGAUGCCAGUCUCGUGCCAGUUAAAACAUGCCAUCACCGCAGUGAAAAGCAUCCCCUGCACUUCUGACUUGUGAGCGGCGCCAUGCACUUGGCAGACGUGCUCGCGUGCAUCGCGGUGCUCGCUGUCCUCGCGGUUUCGUUGCUGUCCAACGCGCUCGUGCUGAUCUGCUUCGCGUGCAGCCCCGAGAUCAGGAAACGCGCGGCGGGCCUUUUCACGCUCAACCUGGCCACGUGCAACCUGCUGCUCACCGUCACCAACAUGCCUCUAACGCUGCUGGCGCUCGCAGGCCACGCGCAACCGGGAGGCAACGGGCUGUGUCGCGCCGCCGCCUUCCUCGAGACUUUUCUGAGCGCCAACGCCAUGCUCACCGUGGCCGCUCUCAGCGUGGACGGCUGGAUGGCGGUGGUCUUCCCGCUCAGCUACCGCUCCAGGAUGCGCCACCGGGACGCUGCGCUGGCGCUCGCCUACGCGUGGGCGCACUCCGCGUGCUUCGCGGCGGCCGCAGCGUGCCUCUCCUGGCUCGGCUACCACAGCCUCUACGCGUCGUGCACGCUGCGUGCCGCCUCCUCCUCCUCCUCCUCCUCCUCCUCCAGCGUACCGUUCGCCGGGUUCACGGUGGCCUUCCACGCGCUCACUUUCCUGCUGUCGCUCGUGGUGCUGUGCGUCGCCUACCUCAAAGUACUCCGAGUCGCGCGCUUCCACUGCAAGCGCAUUGACGUGAUCACCAUGCAGACCCUCGUGCUGCUCGUGGACAUUCACCCCAGCGUUCGACAGCGAUGCCUGGAGGAACAGAGGAGGCGACGGCAGCGAGCAGCCAGAAAGAUCAGCACAUUCAUUGGCACUUUUGUGCUUUGCUUCGCACCCUAUGUAAUCACAAGGCUUCUGGAGCUUUGGCCUGCAGUUCCUAUAAACCAGCACUGGGGGGUGCUGUGUAAGUGUCUGGCCUACAGUAAAGCAGCAUGUGACCCCUUCGUCUACUCCCUGCUCCGGCACCAGUACCGCAAAGCCUGCACUGACAUCAUCAACCGGAUCCUAAAACGCAGAUCUAUGAACUCGGCAGACGAAUGGCGCCGAGCGAACGGUCCCAACACUGUCGUUCAGGCCAUGGAGCUGCCAGGAACACUGAAGGAAUGCACAGCAUAAGAAAGGUGAUGAGGAUGAGGCUUCUACACACAAGAAACAUGAAGAUUCCUUUCAACUCUCGGAUCCUACCAAAAGCAUUCACUGGAAUUUCCUGAACUAGUUGUCCUUUAGAAGGGAUGAUUCAAAUUGGAAAAGCUGCAAUGAGUUUUUUGAACAGAAAUGUUUUGGAGAAUUCAGGUUUCUGGAGAGUUCUGGAGAGUCCUGGGUUAAGAACUCCAAGAGCACUGCAUUUUCAAGACAUCCUGAAGAGUUCCCCAUACUGCUAUGGAGGUUUCAGAGUAUUUUCUUUAGAGAUUCUCCAGGAUUUUACUGAUUUCCAGAGAAAUUCCAGAGAAUUUUAGUCUCUACAUUCACUACAUCAUUCCAUUUUAAAGACUUUAAAAGAACUGAACAUUUUUAUUCCUUAGAGCAGUAGAUCCUUGAGAAUAGGUCCUUUGCUUCUCUGAAAUGGAAGAUUUUGGAAUUUUAUACAUUGGUCCAUCCUCUGGGCUGAAAGGUCGGAAAGAGUUCCAUCCUGGAGGAUGAUGAUGUUCUAAAUGGUUUUACAGAAUCUUGGUGGAUUCUAGAAAGCUCACUUUCCAGUAUUUAAAAAAAAAAGAGAGUAUUAUAGGAAUCCUUAGGUUCUCUGAUUUUACAAGGCUUCUAAGAGUACCAUUAAGCUAAAAUACAAAGAUUCUAGAAGAAAGCCCAGUUCACCAAGAAGGUUGAACACAAGAGGGUUCUAGAGAGUUCCUUACAAUUCAUGCAAGUGGACUGUUGUAUAGAGUUAUACUGUUCACAGCAGAAUAUUCUAGAGUGGAGUGAAACCUUCCGCACACUUUAGAGAGCCCAAUAGCCUACAAUGUGGACUUCCAGAACAAUUCUAGAGCAUUCCAUGGCAUUAUGGAGAGGGGAUGAUUUUACAGUUAUGGUGUUCACAGCAGAAUGUUUUAGAGACUUUAGUUCUCUAAAAUUGAAGGUUUUACAAAGUUCUAUUCAUGUAUAUUGCAAAAAAAGAAUUUAGAACACUUGAAUGCCUGGAACAGAACUGUAAAACCUUAAACAGAACUCUACAAAAUAUUCUGUACUGGACAAAAUAACUGUAUAGAGAGUUCUGCUUAAGGUUUUACAGUUUCAGAGAGUUUCAUCCAUCUGAAAUAUGAAAAGGAAUUCCAGAACACUCUAAUGCCUGGAACGUCUGUAAAAUUACGGAGAAAUCUGAAGUCACUGACUACAGUAGAAUAUUCUAGAGUUUACUUCUCUAGCGUGAACCUCUUCCACAGAGUACCAUGUUAAAAUUGCAAAGUUUGCAGUUUGAAAAAAGAUUUUUUUCUCCCAGCUACAUGGAAUGUAGAUUUCUAGAAAGUUCUAGAGCAUGGAGCACAUUAUAAAGUUACAUUGUCCAGAACAGAAUAUUCUAGAGAGAUCUAUCUUCUAAAAUUGAAGGUUUUACCAGUUUCAGAGGGUUCCAUCCAUCUAAAAUGCGAAAAGAAUUCCAGUCUGCCCAAUUGCCUGGAAAUUCUGGAGAAUUCUAGAGAAAUUUGUAGAGAUGUAUAGAGUAGAAUAUUCUAGAGAACACUUCCUAGUAAAAAUUAAAGGAUUCAAAAGAUUUCUUCCUCCCCAACUUUGUGGAAUGCAGAUUUCUAGAGAGUUCUACAGAGUGGAACACGUUAUAAAGUUAUGUUGUCCAGGACAGAAUAUUCUAGAGAGUUCUGUUUAAGGUUUUGCCAGUUUCAGAUUUGCCAAAUUCUAGAAUGCCUAGAAUGAAGAAUUCUAGAGAGUUCUGGAGAGUGGAACAUUGUAUAAAGCUGUAUAGUUUCUCUAGGAUGAAUGAUUUGAUUCUCUAGAAGAUUGUGCUGGGUUUUAUAGAAUUCCAUCCAUCUGAAAUGAUCUGAAAAAAAAAGAUAUGUAAUUCAAGAGAAUUCUGGAGUUUACACAGUUCUAUAGAGUUAUGUUGUCCACAGUAGAAUCUUCUCAAGAGUGUCUGGAAUUGGGAUUGUCUGGAAGUUUUGACCGAGUUCCAGAGAUUUCAUUUAUUCUUGAGAUUUCUGGAAAGCUCUGAAGGUGUUUCUACAGGAACAUGCUGGAGAACAUCUGUUCGGACUUGCCUACUGAUUUCUCCUGCUUGAUUAGACUUCCAGAAUCAUGGUGGAGCAGAAGGUGCGAGGUGUCAAUGUCACGACAGGAUUUAUAGAUAUAUAUUUCGGUAUAUUUUUGUUUCAGAUGCUGAUAAAAGGAUUUUAAAAGACAUGAUCUUUGGAAGCUCAGAUUUGGGCGUGGCUACAGGACCUUGUGAGACAACGCCAUUUUCAGUAGAAGCGCACAAACAAGACGGACGACUAACCCUGAAAUGUAGCACUGAUAUCUAGCUCAACCUGUGCUCCUUAGACAGGAGUCUAGUGCUGCUAUCGUCUGUGACAUGUACAGAGAAAACCUUUUCAUUUCAUUCCUGUUCAUUUGAACAACAAGACCCUGAGGAUAGAGUCUUAUCUACUGACUCGGGACAAUCGGAGACACACUGGACCGUGCUGCGGAGCGGGAACCGGCGAGCGUCGGGGAAAUCGUCGUGGGCUUCAAGCAGAAUCCUCUCAUCCAUGAACGCCACUGUCUCUCUUGAAACCUUUGUCGUUUCCCCCACAUGCUCCAGCCGACUCUCUCAGAAACCAAUUAGUCCGUGGCUGGCAGCUGAGAGAGAGAAAGAAAGAGAGGGGAAAGAAAGAGAGAGAGAGAGAGAGAGAGAGAGAGAAGACGACGCUCCCUCCUGGCUUCUCCGACUGUCGGAUUAAUUGACAGAGUUUCCCUGCUCCAGGACAAGCGAAAGGACAAAUCGCCUCCGCUGGGUAUUUAGUGCCUUUUUCCUCCAGCGUGAUUGGAUUGAGAUCGAGAUCAGCUAGCAUCAUGGCUAACAGCUAACACCAGACUCCAGCUGUGGAUCGUGUUUAUUUGUGAUGGUUGGAGAAAGUGUGUUUUGGGAAUAAACUUAAAAGUAUUCGUAGCUUGUUUUAUUAGGUGGCGUGAAAUUCCGCAUGAAUCCGUUUUCUUAUCUUUUGAAACGAUUAUGACCUAGCAACCAACUACCUCGACGCGCACCUAGAUCAGUUUAUAGCCAGUAAAGAACGAUGAAUUUGUUAGAAAAAGGAAAAUAUAUCUCAACAUCUCGUGAAAUCAAAACGCUAUCACUCGAAAGAACACCACAGCGCUGGCGAGUCCUCCACUCUGAUUGGUCAGAAAGUAUUGAUUAUCCAUUAACCGCCGAUAGCAGCUUUCAUUUCUGACGCCUUAUCGUUUCUAUAGUAACCAAACGGCUCAUUCACACGGACUUCCAUGUUUCAAAAAAAAGGUGUAAUUGUUGAUAUUGUGAAGUUUCUCUUCUCUUCUUCUCUUAUGUUUAUUGAGUAUUUCUGGAAGGAGUCUCCAGUGUCAGAGCUGAAGCUGGACCUUUCAGAACAGAGACGUUUCUAGCUGCUGUAGCGAAAGUGAGAACAGGAACUUGUUUUGUGGUAGAAUAUAAGAUGUGACUCAACGGAUAAAAAGCGUCACUUGUCGUCGAUUUUCUUUUUCUUCAAAUUAGCAGUGAUUAGAAAUGGAUCCCUCGGGGACGUGCCGUUACAGGCAAAUCAUCACCAUCGUAGUAGCAGAGGUUGGAUUGUUUUCCUGUAACAGAGUGUUUUAUUGUGUAGUUAGUAGCUAGCAAGCUGCAGCGCACAUGCUAGUGGUAUAAUAAAACAUGCUGCCAUGCUACUGAGCUGGCUAAGCUGACUUCCUGUUUCAAAAGGAAAUUUCCUGAGCACUUUAAAUGUUACACUUCAUCUACAGAAGAGCGGCAAAACAUACAGAUUAACAUUCUGAAGUUCUGGAAAAUCUAGAAGUAGGAUGGAAAUGAAUUCAUGAGAUCUGUGUGUGUGUGUGUGUGUGUGAAGUCUUUUGUAGCAGCUAAUUUGGUUUGUUUCGUCCACAUCGUUUCAUAUGUUGGCCAUUUUGUUUUUUAUUUCUUCUUUCAUUCCCUUUUUUAUUUCUCUAUAUUAUUUUUUAAACCAUUAACUCCUCCAGCCCAUGAAUGUGACUCCAGGACCUGGGGAUAAGUGUGUGUUUAUUAAUAUACACUACCAGUCAAAAGUUUGGACACACCUUCUAAUUCCAUGGUCUUUCCUGAUGUUUAUUUCUUUCUACAUUGUAAAACAAUGCUGAAGGCGGCCGAAAUCCGCAAUAAUGUCCUUUGAACAGUUGAUAUUGAGAUAUGUCUGCUACUGAUGCUCUGUAAAGCCUUCAUAACGCCUCUAAUCUGAGGUGCUGUUAAUUGGUGAUUUCUGAGGCUGGUCACUAAAUGAACUUCUCCUCUGCAGCAGAGGUCAGUUUUGGUGUUGCUUUACUGGGAUGGUCUUCAUGUGAGCCAGUUUCAUCAUGGUGCUUGAUGGGUUUUGCAAAUGCACUUGACAAUACUGUUCUUGCAAGAACUAUUCCAGAACACCUGACCUUCGUGUCUUAAAAUAACAACUGACUGGUUUUUGUUGUCAUUACAUAUGGAUUACUGAAGUCCAUGUGUGUUAUUUCAUAGUUCUGAAAUCUCCAGUAUUGUUCGAGAAUGUAGAAAAUAAAUCCCUAAACAAAAAACACUGAAUUAAAAGGUGUGUCCAAACUUUUGACUGGUAGUGUAUAUAUAUAUAAAAAAAUGAGAAUCACUUUAUACGAUAUAACAAUCAAGAAGACGAGUGUUAGACAUUUUAUUAUAAAAUACAUGAAAUGAUGAUGAUGAUGAUGAUGAAGGCAGUUCUCCUGAUUGGGAUCUACCUGGAUGCUAGCGUGAGCUCAUUAGCAUGCUAUCAGCUGUGCUAUCUGCUAAUCGCUUCCACUUGCCCACGCGGCGUUCCUUUCUCCGGUCUGAAGUGUGUAUCAGUGUGCACCAUGCCACAUACACACAAACACAUACACACACACACACACACACACACACACACCGUCUACUCCUAGCACAAGAGGAUUUUUAACAAGAGGAACACACUCGACCCUGGAGGCGGAGUCAGAGAGCAGGAGUUCCUGAUUAGUUUCCUGCAGUAGAAAUGCGGAAAACCAUAAGGAUGACAUCAUUUACAUACAACUUCAUACAAAGUCAUGGAUACUUGUUACCAUGGAAACGGCUAAUUUAGAAGUUCCUUGCUCGUCGGACUGAACCCCGGAUAUUAGACAGUAGGGGAUAUUAGACAGUAGGGGAUGAGUUUAUUUGAUGAAAUCCCACUGCAGGAAGCCUAUUCGGGAAUAUUAGCAUUCAGGGUUUUUGCUAAUCUGACAUAUUGGUGGCGUUAACCCGCUAAUGCAGCUAGCUAGCGCAGCUUUUCAAAUUAGCAGUCCAUCACAUUAUAGUGCGUUGAUGGGAUUUUUCUCUCGUCACCACCAGAAAAUCUGUUUAAACACGCACACGCACGCAUACACACACGCAUACACACACACACACACACACGCAUACACACACGCACACGCAUACAUACAUAGACACACACCUACACUCACUUAUACUCACACACAUAUACAUAACCAUAUACACACAUACACACACACACGGCUCUCUGAGGAACAGUAAAUUUCAAUU